GUCAACUUACCCGUCCUUGAAUUGGUAUCAUCUAACAUCACCAGAAGAUCUCCUACAACCAACCAACCAACCAAUUCCCCACAGCCAACCGAACCUCAACACAUCAUGUCCGCACCCCAGCAAGGCCGCCAGUCGCCCGAGCCCGAGCGCCAGUCCGACGCGCAGAAGGGCCAGCAGGCGCAGCCCAACCAGCAGGGCGGCGAGACGCAGACGCAGCAGCAGAGCGACGCGUCCAAGAACAACCUGUCGAGUAACCCCGAGCAUGUGCUUGCUAAGCACGCGGAGGAGACUACGAGCAAGAAGGUCUAAACAUGGAGACUGCUGUGGAGGUGUACGUUCAUCAAGACUGAUGGGUAUCUGACCAGGUCAGAGUACCUGCUAUAUCAGUACGACUGCAUGAAUAUAAUGAUCACGUCACUCCCCGUCUCCUGAUUAUCGCCCCAAUGCACGUGCCACACAUCCCAUGUCCGGCCAUCGCCCUCACCACCUACCCAGCUACCCGACACGGAAGCAGGCCACCCAGCAUACCCGUCCGCUAUCUCGUG